AUGUCGCACAACAUAAAGAUUUUACCCGGUGCUACUGUUUGCGAAGAUUGCACAUUAGAAGGUGACAUAACAAUAGGCGGAGGAACAGUAAUCCAUCCCAGAGUGACAAUAAUUGCGGAGGGUGGGCCAAUAAUCAUAGCAGAAUAUUGUAUUAUUGAAGAAUAUUCUACAAUUAUUCAUAAAAAGAGUGAAAAGCAAGAAAAUCCUCCAAAACCCUUGUUUAUUGGCGCCCACAACGUUUUUGAAGUAGGAUGUAGACUCGAGUCGCCAUGUGGACACAUUGGUGAAAGCAAUGUGUUUGAAUGCAGGUCCUUUGUUGGUGUUGAUGUCAAGAUUGGUAGUGGAUGUGUGAUUGGUGCUGCUUGCAGCUUAACUGCUGCACAAACUUUGGCAGACAACACUGUGAUAUGGGGUUCACAGCAUCAUAAUAGGGAAGCAUUAGAAAAGCAGCCAUCACAACUUCUUCAGUUGGACUUUUUAAGCAAAGUAAUGCCUAAUUAUCAUAGACUUAGGAAACCUAAUGUGCACAAAAGGCAAUCCUCAAGACAAUCUCAAGAGUCAGUUAAAGCU